UGUGUCCUGCCUCUGAGCUCCACACGUUAAGAGGCCAGUGUUGAUCAGAGUCUGUCCAGACCUUUCACACACUCUGACACGCCGGCAGCACAAUCAUCAUGUCCCUGACUCUACUGCUGGCCACCCUGGGGCUCCUUGUUCAGGGUGAGACUCUCUGCUGAAAACUUUGCUUCAGGAUGCAGCAGCUUCACCACAAUCAUGUUGUGCUGUGAUGGAGAAACACUCAAACAAGCAGCACUGACCUUCUUCCAUCUGUUGUCCAUGUUCAACCAAUGAUCCUCUUGUGUUUGGAUGCUGAUCAUCUUUCUCCAAGCUGGAUUUGUCUCAGUCACCCUUCUCCUCUUUUUCAUGUUUUCAGGUUCAUCAUCAGAAAUCAUCCUGACUCAGUCUCCUGGAUCUCAGUCUGUUGUUCCACGACAAACUGUCUCCAUCACAUGUAGAAGCAGUACAAGUGUUAGUAGCUGGCUGCACUGGUAUCUUCAGAAACCUGGACAAGCUCCUAAACUCCUGAUUUAUUCAGCUUCAACUCGUCAAUCUGGAGUUUCUGAUCGUUUCAGUGGAAGUGAUUCUGGAUCUGAGUACACUUUGACCAUCAAUGGAGUUCAGGCUGAAGAUUCAGGAGUUUAUUAUUGUUCACAAAUUGGUUACAGCUUGUGGUGGACUUUUGGUGGAGGAACCAGACUGGAUGUUGGACGUGAUGUCCGUCCCUCCCUGACGGUGCUGCCCCCCUCCAGAGAGGAGCUGCAGCAGGGGAAGGCCACGCUCAUGUGUCUGGCCAACAAGGGCUUCCCCUCAGACUGGAGUCUGUCCUGGAAGGUGGACGACAGCAGCAGCAGCAGCAGCAGCAGCAGCAGCAGCAGCAGCAGCAGCAGCAGCAGCAGCAGCAGCAGCAGCAGCAGCAUCAGCUGGGAGGAGAGCAGGAGCCCCGGGGUGCUGCAGGAGGACGGCCUCUACAGCUGGAGCAGCACCCUGAGGCUCCCUGCAGACCAGUGGAGGAAGGUGGGCUCUGUGAGCUGUGAGGCCACCCAGGGCUCCCAGACUCCACUCUCAGAGACACUGAGGAGAGACCAGUGUUCCCAGUCCUGACCUCACCCACUGGGAACAUCACACUGGUUCUGUUCUCAUACUGUUCUCUGUUUGCUCUGUUUCUGUCAUUCUUCCUGUUAUUAGACUCAGUAAAGAUUCAGUCAUAUUUUCCUCCUCUUAAUGACACAGUCCAUGUGUUCAGAUAAUAAAGAUGUGUUUUCAAAUCAAAAAUGUUUCCAAGAAGAUUGUUUCUUUCAUCAAAUGUGUUGUCUCUCAAUUUCAUAUCUAGAAAUUUUACAGUCAUACUACACCAUAAU